CCUAAUGAGUAUGAAGAGUCCUUUUAAUUCAAUUCAUACACAACUAGUAUUUUUCAAUUAAAACCCUUACUUUUAAGAAAUUCAUAUCCUGCAAUGAACAGGAGUUACUUCAUUUUUCAGAUCUCUAGCCCAUCAGAUUUCAUUGUUGUGUUACUUACUUGCAAAAUGUUCCUAUAUGAUACAUCCCAUAUCUGUGGCCAUUAUAUUGUUUUUCUUUUUUUAAUUUUUCUUUAUUUUAGAGACAGGGUCUCACUCUGUCACCCAGGCUGGAGUGCAAUAGUGCAUUCAUGGCUUACUGCAGCCUCAAACUCUUGCACUCAAGCGAUCCUCCCACCUCAGCCUCCUGAGUAGCUAGGUCUACAGUUGCACGCCACUACGUCCAGCUAAUUUUUUAUAGAGGCGAGGUUUUGCUAUGUUGCCCAGGCUAGUCUUGGACUCCUGGCCUCAAGUGAUCCUCCUGCCUCGGCCUCCCAAAGUGCUGGGAUUACAGGCUUAAGCUACCAUACCUGGCCUAUAUUUUUCUAUAGAUUUUCCAAGUUUAAUGCGAGUUUAUUUAAUUAAAAUAAACUCACCUUUCUGUUUUACUUUUGUGGAGGAGAGGACAAAGGGGUAGGAAACAGGAGGUAGGGUUAAGGAGAGAUGGUGGAAGUCUGUAGAGAGGCAAGAUUACCAGUUAGGCUCAAUGUUCUUAAGAAAGUUACCCAUCUAAUGCAAUAGUAUCAAAAAAGUUAUCAGCAUUAACAAAGAACUAACAAAGAUACGUCUCUUGAGGGUCAGAAAGGAUUCAGAAUGGUGUGGAAAGAUAGGAGAUACUGUGUUUGGGGUUUCAGAAGUUGGACACAUUAUCCUGAGCUGAAAGCUUCUUAUGGGGGUGAAGCACUGUCAGCAAAGAAAGACUAUGUCCUUUCGCUCUUUCCUCCCCUUUCCCGCCUUAGGUCCUCACCAUUUUAGCUCCACUGCACUAAUGCUCCCUCCUCGGCUGCACCUAGGGGAACAGUGCACAAAGUCGUCCAUAAAUGGGCAGCAUGCUAAGGCCAGGGAGACAGGGGCCUAACCUUACUGCCUCAGUGGAAAUCCUCAGCUCCAGUGUCUUGCCACUGAAGGUGGGAGGAGCACAGGAAGUGAUUGCCCUGUGGCUUCUCCUCCCACAGAAGCCCUGCCCCCUCACACUUGGAAGGUGGAGAGAUUAGCUUUCUUUUUCCUUCUAGUUCAGUCCUUUGGCUACUGUGAAAGACCACGCAGAAGCUGUGGACUUGCUUUUUGUGCUUGACAAAAGUGCAUAGAUAGAAGACAGGGAUUCCCGGCUGGGAGGAGGGAGGAGAGCUGAAGAUCCCUGCCUGGGCUGGCUGAGCUAAGCAGUCAAAGUGGGAAGCUGAGUGCUUGAAAGAGGAUUAUGCUCGCACUAGAAAUAAGCAGUAAGUGAGUGAAUACCAUUAUGGCUUAGAAAAGGAUUAAUCCCCCCGGGGUUAUGGGGUGAACUAGAAAAUAUUGCUUAAUUCUAGAGUAAAACUGUAAGGCUCCGGCUUUGUGUACUGUUGUGUGCUGUUUGGAGACUAGAGGUUUAAGUACAAAACCAGAGCUCUAAAUGCCUCCUCCCACUCUUGGAAAAUGCCAGCUUCUAUUUAGAUUGGUUGGGGGACAUAAUUUCCUUCCCUGAACUAGCCUCUUCCCAGGAAAAUUUACUACUAAAUUAGAUAAGGAGUUGAGAUUGGAGAGGCGGACUUUGGUAUUUGUAGAAGUUGCAGUUUCGAAUGAUGUUCUGUGAGUGCUGACAUUCUAUCUGUUAGCAGUGAUUGUCAAGAAAGUUUAGAACAGGAGAUUAAAAAGGGGAAAUCAAGAGCUUUUAUGAUGAGGCUGAAGAGUCCAUAUGCAGAGAAGUAAAUACAAAAAUUAUAUAAUUUAAAAUAGGUAGAUUGUUUAAAACAUUAAAUGGGAACAACAGUCAAAGAGCAUAGAAGUGCAUGGAUAAAAAUUAGUUAGAAAAAGAAAUUUUCAUUUCAGUGAGUUUUUUGUGCUAGCCAAAAAUUUCACAAUGUUUACAAAGUCAAGACAAUGAUUCAGGAAUACUUCAAUUAUUGUUGUACAUUAUUAAUGCUGUUCCUGGGCAAGAUCUGUGGUUCUCUGGUCAGCAAGUUCUGGCAAGGAAGCCACUGCCACUGGCAUAAAGAAUUCUGGGAUGUCUGACAGUGAAAUGGAUGGAAGGACCCACAUUCCAUCUCUACUUAAUGUCCUUUUGUCCAGAAACCGGGUCAUGCAAAUGAGCUACUUGAAAAGUAAAGAACAAGGAUAUGGAAAACUAAGCAGUGAUGAAGACCUCGAAAUAAUUGUUGAUCAAAAGCAGGUAGUAGGUGUAACCUUGAAGAAAAAGUGGCACUGUCUUCAAAAAAGUGACCUGACCCUGGCUUUGGGAAAAGGCUCUAGGGCGGCAGAUAAGGCUGUUGCCAUGGUGAUGAAGGAGAUACCGAGGGAGGAGUCUGCUGAAGAAAAGCCCCUCCUUACUAUGACAUCACAGCUGGUGAAUGAGCAACAAGAAAGCAGACCCCUCCUGAGUCCCUCCAUCGAUGACUUUCUCUGUGAAACCAAAUCGGAAGCAAUAGCAAGGCCAGUAACAUCCAAUACAGCUGACAUUCAAACACAACUGGAAAAAUGGGACGAUGUUAAGUUUCAUGGAGAUCGAAAUACCAAGGGACAUCCAAUGGCAGAGAGAAAAUCAUCCUCAUCUAGAACUGGAUCAAAAGAGCUCUUAUGGUCCUCAGAACACAGAUCUCAACCAGAACUGAGUGGUGGAAAAAGCGCCCUCAACUCUGAGUCGGCUUCAGAAUUGGAAUUAGUGGCUCCAACUCAGGCUCGACUGACCAAAGAACAUCGCUGGGGAAGCGCAUUACUUUCUAGAAACCACUCCUUAGAAGAAGAGUUUGAAAGGGCAAAAGCAGCAGUGGAGUCAGAUACAGAGUUUUGGGAUAAGAUGCAAGCAGAAUGGGAAGAAAUGGCUCGGAGGAACUGGAUAUCUGAGAACCAAGAAGCCCAGAACCAAGUAACCAUCUCGGCUAGUGAGAAGGGAUAUUACUUUCACACUGAAAACCCCUUCAAGGACUGGCCUGGAGCAUUUGAAGAAGGCUUAAAAAGGCUGAAGGAAGGGGAUCUGCCAGUCACCAUCCUGUUCAUGGAAGCAGCAAUUCUUCAGGACCCUGGAGAUGCAGAGGCAUGGCAGUUCCUCGGGAUAACCCAGGCGGAGAAUGAAAAUGAACAAGCAGCUAUUGUCGCCCUCCAGAGGUGCUUGGAAUUACAGCCCAACAACUUAAAAGCUUUGAUGGCCUUGGCUGUGAGUUAUACUAACACUGGCCAUCAGCAGGAUGCCUGUGACGCUCUGAAGAAUUGGAUUAAGCAAAAUCCAAAGUACAAAUACCUUGUGAAAAGCAAGAAGGGAUCUCCAGGCCUCACCCGGCGGAUGUCUAAGUCCCCAGUUGAUAGCUCUGUUCUGGAAGGCGUGAAGGAAUUAUAUCUGGAAGCUGCCCACCAAAAUGGAGAUAUGAUCGACCCAGACCUACAGACAGGUCUAGGGGUUCUGUUCCACCUGAGUGGAGAAUUUAAUAGAGCAAUAGAUGCAUUUAACGCUGCCUUAACUGUUCGGCCAGAGGACUAUUCACUAUGGAACCGCCUCGGGGCGACCUUGGCGAACGGAGACCGCAGCGAGGAAGCCGUGGAGGCCUACACGCGAGCACUGGAGAUUCAACCAGGAUUCAUCCGGUCCAGAUACAACCUAGGAAUAAGCUGCAUCAACCUGGGCGCCUACAGAGAAGCGGUCAGCAAUUUUCUCACUGCCCUCAGUUUGCAAAGAAAGAGCAGGAAUCAGCAGCAAGUUCCUCAUCCUGCAAUCUCUGGGAAUAUCUGGGCUGCCCUCAGAAUUGCACUCUCUCUGAUGGACCAACCAGAACUCUUCCAGGCGGCUAAUCUUGGUGACCUGGAUGUCCUCUUAAGAGCUUUCAACUUGGAUCCUUGAAGAAAGAAUAAUACCAGUACUAAUAAUCCCUGAUCUGUGUGAUUGUACUGAAAAAUCAAAAACUAUUUUAUUAUGAAUUUCAAAAGGAUAAAUCAAAUAUUCAAAAGGCCGUGGUCAUAUAGCCCAAGGAAAUUAAUUCCUGUGGACAAUGCCCAGUCUCUGUUCAGAUCCAAAAGCACAAAAUGUUGUAUAUAGAGUCAAAGUCAGGCUCAAAAGAAGAAUUAAGAGACUCAAGACAAACCAAGAUAAAGUAACUGUGUGUUGAAUACUCUUUCCACAAGUUGCAAGCAUAUUGCAACACAUGUUCUUUGGGUUUUUUGUCUCCCCUUGCAGCUGAUGACACAUCUGAGGAACUUGUUCAUGGGAAACAUGGAAAAAGCACUGCCUCAGAUUGGGAAAUUCUGACGGUUUCUGAACUGUCUUCUUUUGCAAGACUGAACAUAGUUUGGGCCAUUGGUGCAUGCACAUAUAUUAACUCGUGACUAAAGACAUUGCUUAAACUUGUUCCAAUUCUAACUUUUACUGUAGCCCUUUGAUUCCAGAGAGGGAGCUUUGCUGGCAAAAGCAGUUUUUGCACUAGAAAUUUUUGCUGUUCCCAAUCUAAACUUUUCUGGGAUUGUAUAUAUGCACUUUAAUAUCUUAUUUAUGCCUUGCUGGAGUUUUGUUUUGUUGCUCCAAUUUUUAACUUGGGGGUGAAAGAUUUAAGAACUCAGCCUCACUAGAUCAACGGACCAAAUAAACAAUUCCUGAAGACAGGUUUUCAUAGGGUAGGAUUUUGAAGAAGUGUUUUUCUUAAAGCAGAUACGAUGACAUAAGGCGUAAAUAUGGCAAACAGAUCUUUUCAUUCACAUGUUUUCUGGGUCUGUAUGAACAUAAGUAAGACACAAGGUACUGUCUCUUCAUGCAUUCUCUGCAGGAAGAAAGUUUGAUGGUAUCGUGAUUUCUAUUGAGUUCAAAUUAACUUGCUUAAGUGUCAUACUUUACUGGCUUUGCCCUGCACACCAAUAUUCCUUUUAAACCAUAAAUAUUUUAAAUAAUAUUUCUUAAGAGUGAUAAAUAACAUUUUUUUCUAAAAAUUGUUUUCUUAGUUUCAUAAUAAUCUGCACUGUUCAUCCCCUUGCAUUCUAAGUGAUAGAAGAGCAACACUUUCAAACCAAAUCUCACUGAAUGCCAGUGAUUUCAUAUGAAAGAUGCAUGCCUCUUUGGCUCUUUGAACAUUUAGCAAGUAUUGGGAAUUUUCUAUUAGCAGUGGUGUUUUAAUUGGUUGAAUUCCACUUAGUUCUCCACAGUGUUUUGUAUGUGUUUGGGGCUUGGUGAUUAUUUUGAAAGAUACAUUUUUUAAAGAAUUAGGAACAUUUUUUGCAAAAUGCUAAUCAGAAUAUAAUUUUCCCAAUGUCAGGUAUAGAAGUUAUCCCAUUCUUCUUUACCUGGUCUCCUUCCUUCAUCUAGAACCUUCCCCACAGUAGUCUAAUCCUAACAACUUUUUAUGUUCUUUGAUAAUAAUAGCUCAUCCCGCUCAUGAUUAUAGCUACCCACAAAAAAAUAAAACAACAACAGCAAAAAAGACUCCACAGAAUUGGGGUCAAAACAGUCUAAUUGGCUGGGGAAUAAGCUUCUCCUAAGGAGUAAAUGUGCACACGUGCUUAUCAAUUGAAUGCGAGGUACAGGAAUAAAAUCCUCUCCUCUGUUACAUCUGAAGUCCUUGGGUUGUGAGAGGGCCUCAAGUUAACAGAAACCACAAGUCCUUGAGGCUUACAUAUGUUAUAACCUAUUCUAGUUUAUAAAGACAAAAAGCUGAGGCCACUGUGAGGAGUGCCAGGUUUUGAUAUUCAUUGUCAAAGUUCACUUGGGCCAGGUGGUAGCUCCAGCUGGUCAGCAGAAGGCAGAGGCAUUCAGGCACUCAUCAUGGGUAGCAGCGACCACCCAGUCUCAGCCCAUGCUUCUCUACAGUCUCAGCAGCAAAGUGAAGCUCAACAAUGCUUUCAAGAAUGGUAUUCUAAGAAUUGUAGAAUUCGAGAAACCCAGUCUGGUAAGGACUCUUGGGGCCAGCCUCCAAGCCAUGGCAGGGCCUGCUUGAAUAUGCCUGAUGGAAUAGCAUCCUUUCCUUCCCUGCUCCUUCCUCCUGCCAUCUCUGUACCUUGACCAGAAAGUCGGCAUGAAUAGUUCAUGGACAAAGGAUUGAAUAGCCUCUGAACAAAGGAUUCAAAGCAAACUUUGGAAGUGUUCUGUGAUGCCAUUCUAUACUUUGAGCAGCAGCUGAAUCUGCAGCCUGGAUUUAAAGCCUGAAACUAGUAUAAAUGUCAAAUAAUUAAUUUGUUGCUAAAUGGUGGCAAACUUUGUGGCCCAAGUUUUAUUUUGCUAUUGGAACACAAACUCCAAGGAGCUGUUUUAGGGAAGACUAAACAAUCUUCCAUUCUUACCAUUAUCUGGCAAUUUGCAGAGCAUUUUUAGUAGUACUUUCUCCAGUAUAUGUAGUAUCUGUCAGAUCUAAGAUUUUUAUAGGCCGUCAAGAAGUCCAGAAUUACGGCCCAAGAGGAAAAGAGUUGCAUUUUUCAAUAAUAUUUUUUAUAAAAUUAAGUUAAAACCAUUAUUAAAACAUGAGUGACCGGCCGGGUGUGGUGGCUCACGCCUGUAAUCCUAGCACUUUGGGAGGCAGAGGUGGGCAGACCACGAGGUCAGGAGUUCGAGACCAGCCUGACCAACAUGGUGAAACCCCAUCUUUACUAAAAAUACAAAAAUUAGCCGGGUGUAGUGGUACGCACCUGUAAAACCAGCUACUCAGGAGGCUGAGGCAGGAGAAUCACUUGAACCAGGGAGGCGGAGGUUGCAGUGAGCCAAGAUUGCACCGCUGCACUCCAGCCUGGGUGACAGAGCGAGACUCCGUCUCAAAAAAAAACAAAAAAGUGACAGUUUAUAGGAAUAGAGCACCACCAAGAAAUCAGUAGCAAGACUUUAGAACAGUCUUUUUGUAUAAAUCAUAUGCAGUAAAUGUUUGGUUUUUUAGAAGUGCAUCUACUUUAUUUUUUGGCAGAACAAUUUUUGGCAUCUUAUCUUCAUGGUGUGAAAUUGUCAUUUAAAUUACUCUUUCCGUUUGAAAGGGGAGGGUAUCCUUAUUUCCCUUCUGAGGUACUCUGAGACGGUUUUGAGUUUCCUUUUUCAUGUAUUAAUGUAUAACAGCCUAACAGCUCCUAGAAGAUGGUAUUCUUACUAGAAUGGCUACAUACGCGUGAAUUCAGUUACAUACAGGUGACUUCCAGGGACUGACUUCGCCUGUAGAUUGGAUGAAAAUAAAGAGAAAGCCAGUGAUUAUUGCUGAGUUUCAAAAUAUAACCAUUUCUAGUAGGCUACUUCUACAUGCUGUUGUACCUUCCUGGUGAGGAGGAGACAGAGGGAUAGGGGAGAGGAGGAGAAAUAAAAAUCCCUCUCACUGGGCCAAUCAUACUGAUUCAUUCCCUUUACUUCCUCCAAAACUCACUCCCCAUGACUCCUGAAAAAUGGGCAGAUCUUGUCCACCAGGAAAUUUUAAUAGAAUACUAUGCACCGUGCUUUCUCAGUCAAUCUGGAUUCCUACUAGAACAGAAAAGUAAGGAAACAUAACUGGGUAGGAAUGUCCACUUAUGUUUCACAAACUCACUUUUAGAGUUUCAUGCCACUUUCCUCAUUCUUCUCUUUAAGAUACUAUUAUAUUGAACGUGGGACCCAUGUCUAAAUACUUGUAUAGAUAAAUAUUUCUGGCAUAUUCUUCCCAUACAAGCAAGACUUGAAUACAGUUGUAGCUAGUCCCACUUAUAAUAAAGGCUUCCAAACUCUUUAUCAUAAACUUUGUGAGCUUGGGACUAUACAGAAAGCAAGUUGAUCAUUCUGAGACCCUUCCUCAUUUGCCCUGAAUCAGUUCCCCAAGAUUGGACUGUACUUUAAGCUAGUUGUUGUAGCAGUGGUGGUUGUUGUUUUAUAUCUUGAGAUACUUCUAGAACAUUCUAGAAACAGGGUAUUCUAAAGGCUUACUUUAUAUGCCAUCCUUUUUGAACUCUCUUAUUUUAGAAAUUAUCACACAUGCACACUUAUGAUUUCAACCUUGUAAAAUAAUUUCAAAUUCAUUCCGUAUCCACAUUUUACUGCAGUUUCCCUAUCAUCUCAAUAGUUAUAGAACUGGUUGAAAUUAAACUGUUUUGAACUAAGAAGUAGAUACAUAUAUAUAUAUAUUUUUCAAGAGUGUUCAUAGGUAAACUCUGGCAUAAAGUUUGUAAAAAAGCAAUUUUUUAAAAUCAAAACGUAUAACCUCAGGUACAAAAAUAUUGCAUGCAUUAGUAUUGCAAAUUUGCCUACUCAAAUAUUAACCAAAGCAUGCAAGAUAACUUGACUGAAUGUAAAUUUACACAGUGCAUGAUUAAGUCUCAUAGGUUAGCCUGUUGUUCCUUGCCUCUAUACAAGGGAGCAUUUUUAUGAACUUUGUGUUACAGUUUUUCUAUUUGCUUUUCUUAUCCUAUCCUUGAGAUUGUUUUCAUGCUGUCACACUGAACUUUACAGAUAUUCACCCAUCUGGUUUCUACAGUGUUACCAGUGUCAAACUAAUCCUCUGAAGAAUCUGGGACGUCUAAACACUUUUUCAAAAACCAGUUGAGGCACAACAGAUCCCAAACUUAAACAAAUCCAAGUGUCUGAAUGCUACUAAACUAAAUCAUGUUGACUGCCUCAGCACAUAAAGGUUUUGACUUUAAAUUCUUAAUAAUGCAUUUCAAAAUUUUUCUAAAAGUUUGGGAAUAAAUUAGAAAAACUGAUAUUCCAAAUAAGGUGAGGAGGUUGGGGUAAUGUCAGGCACAUCAAAAUCAUCACAUAACGAAGUAGAUAUGGGGCCUUAAUUUUCAUAAAUGUCACAUAGCAAGUGUGUGGGGUAUCACAACAUUGUUCUGAUACAGCCCUAUUUGUAUGGUAGUUGAGCUGCUUGGGCUACAUGUCCCUUGAGAAACUGGACUUGAUCAACAGGUCUAAAAACACUGAUAUUUAGGGAGUGAUGAGGUGAUUUCAUGGUCACUCAGAACCAACUCUGAAAUCUUCCCACUGCCUUUUCCCAUAACCCCUAUUUUAUGAGGAGACCAGAAAGGGAGAGAGCAAAGCUCAGUGAGACCAUAUGGUCUUACAUUAGUAACAGCUUCGUUACUCACUCCAUAUACCCCGGUACCCUCACACACAUACCAUGAGCUCAAAGACAGAAUUCUACACAUAACACACAUAGCAAAGACGAUUGUGGGGAGGCAUUAAACAGUUAAGAGGAAAAAAAAAAAAACACAGAAAAUUAAACUGUGAGGUUUAACAAACUCUCAUGUGGUAUUUUGCCUUGAACGAAGUUUCCACUACCUGCAGCUUCUGCAGAAAUACCAAAAUAACACAGUCUAGAGACAAGUGUCCCAAUGUCAGAACUGUUUUCUCAGGACCUUCUCUGUAAGAGAAAACUAACUUGCAAUGCUGCAGAAUGUCAGAGCAAAACCCUGAUGAGCUCCGUGGGAUACUUAAUAGAAGCCUGCACUCAAAAUAAUAUUAAGAUGGAAACAACAACAACAAUUAGGCAGUUCUUUGCUCAACUAUAAAAUGUGUAUCAUUAAUUGGGGGAGGGGGAGGGGGGGUCAUGUUCUUUGGAUUUCUUGGAAAGGGAAAUGGUAUAACACAAAAAGACUAAGAGGUAUACACAGUCAGCUCGGUAAUUCGAGCAUUUGGCAUUUUCACUGAGAUAUAUAGCAUUUCUGCAUGGAUACCAUACAAGAAUUCUGCCAUGUGAGAAAUGUGUUCAUGAUGGACUACAUUACCAGUAGUUAAGGGAAAUACAGCAAACUUAAGUUUUUACCAACUUCCUUUCAUGUUCCCUAUAUAUCAUCUAACCCAAACUUUCUUCAAUUUACAUUGCCCAAAUUUGCUUACAUUGGUUGAAAAAAACUGAUUAAUUUAUUAAACUUUUUACAAACUGUAACAAACAACUAUUUAGAAAAGACAUUUCUACAUAUUUUAUAUAUCUAUGAAUAUUGCAUCUCUAAUCUAAUCUAAAAAUGUUGUUUUGAGACAAUUCUUCUGUGAUGCUUCCUCCUCAUGCUCAUAAAUGUUUAAAGUCUUGGGAUUUCAUUUUCAGGCUGAAAUAGAUAACAAGAAAAAAAUUUAAGUUUAAAUGUUUACAUUGCGUUACUAAAUUAAUACCAAUUCAAAUUCAGUGACCUAUAGUAAAUUAAUGGCAAUGGGGGGGAGGGGAUUUUAAAGUGAUUGGCAUAUUAUGUGAUACUGUAUCAGUGAUUUAGUGAAAUAAUAUGUAUCAUAGCACAACUCUGUUGGGUAUUAAGGCUUCAUCUUAGUAUUUCCCUGCGUUGCUCUUUGAAAUAAAAUUACUACCAUAAAAAUAACCUCUUAUCAUAUUGAUGUGUUUAAUUUACUCAGUUGGCUUCUAAUUUGCGUACCAAGAUUAAGGUAGUAUUUUUGUACUAUUAUUGGAAGCAUGCCUUCCCUUUUUCACAUUAUUAAAUUGUAUUUAUAUUUGUGCAAUUUUAAACUAUGUUUUCAAAUAAACUUUGCGGCUUCAAGGUCUUUUCAGGAAUCUUUCAAAAUGGGAUUUGGGGAUCAGAACUCCUUCUGAUCAAAUGGAAUCCAAUUUGUACUACUGGCUAAAGGUCCUUUUAUUAAAUAUUGAAUAUCACUACAUAUGAUUUUGCAUGACCUAUCUGGAAAUCAGGAAUGCAUUUUUGGAUAUAAAACAAAACUUUAAAAAUCUU